CACUCCACGUGUCAUCGGAGGGAUACCCAGUGUUCGGCUGUGAAAGUAGUCCCGGUCAGUUGGGGUAUUAUCUUCGGCCGGUGCGCGGCUGAUGGGCGCAUUGGUCCCUGCAACGUUCACCCAGAAGGUGAGUCACUGCGGCCUCAACUUUACACUUACCAUUGGAUGGACAAUUCUUGCUAAAUAUUAUUGACAUAGCUGUCUUGAGUGAAUUACAUUGUUCUAUCAGUUUUGGUUAUAGAAAGGUUGUAAUAGACUUUUAACUAUUGAAUGUUACUUUACUUCCAUAACGUUUUGAAUCAAGUUGUUAUGGUAUGGUAUGGUGUGAUAUGGGGUAUUUAUAUUUCAGUCUGAAUAGGCAAUUUGUGCACAUUUAGAAGUAAUGACAACUACCUAGAUCUGUGUUCCAAAUUUUUACAGUGAAAUAAUUGGGUUUGUUUCAUGCAAAUGCAUGAUCUCCGUUAAUAAAGUAUAAUUUAAAUUGUGGGCUACCCUACAUGACUGAAACUGAGCAAUACUUGGCAAAACAAUUUGUUUAUUGACAUAAUAUAAUUGUAAGUCGCGCUGGAUAAGAAUGUCUGCUAAGUGACAAAAAUGUAAAAAAGCCAAAUGAAAUAAUCAAUUUCUAUUUGAUAUGCACUGAGACAUCCUGUCAUCCUCAAUGUUCCUCUACUAUAGGAAACAUAUUCAUCCUUACUUACUGUAGGUCAAGAGCCUGGAACAACUUGCUCUCUACUAUUUUAAUGACAUUGCCUUCAGCAGAUUAUCUUUGAUAUGGUGUGCUAAUAAACCACUGUACUGUUCAGCGUCAGUAGAGCUGUAGGUGAAAUAGCCCUACCACUUGGUGGACAUUGCUAAACCAGCAUUAUGUCGUUUGAAUAAGAUCCUGGAAUCAUAGCUCUAUAAUUCAAUAUCCUCAUAGAGUAAAAUCUAAAAAAAAAUCUUAUAGAAUGGAACCCACUUGGAUGUUUUUUUCUCUCCAAACUUGUGAAUUAAUCGAUAUCUCACUUAAAGUCUGCUCAUGUCAUUGACUGUGACACUCGGAUAAUGUAGCUCCUCCUAUAGGCAACAGUCUGCUAAGGGUUUAUCUGUGUGGAAAAAGGGAGAGACACACACUUCUAAAAAUAUCUUCCAGUAGCACCGUAGCAGGGCUUUUUGGAACAGUUGAUAGCUGGGCUGGUGUAUGUUGUCAUGGCACAUGUCUGGUUCUCUAUGAUAGCUGGUGUACGGUGUCAUGGUACAUGUCUGGUUCUCUAUGAUAGCUGGUGUAUGGUGUCAUGGUACCUGUCUGGUUCUCUAUGAUAUUUAGGCCAACAAUAUGUACAGUACAAUGGGGUAUAAUGUUGCUUUGACUAGUUAAUUACUAAUUUUUUUAGGUUGAAAAGAAUCCCCCCAACGGUGAAUUAAUAUGUGAUAUUUGCAGAAUCCUUUUUGACUACUCAAGUCUCCCACCAACUGUGAAAACCACCUCCCACAAAAAGUGGCCACUGGCCAGAUCCUCUUCAAGAGCCUAAUGCCCCUGGUCAUAACUUGUGACUGGAAUGUGGGGGUGUUUGUGGCUGUGCCUGUCAGCCUGUGUGUGUGUGUGUGUGUGUGUGUGUGCAGGCACGCAGUCACACAUGCUCUCAUUGUUGCGGUCCCAGUUUGGUGGUGCUGCUACAGAGUGUGUGGCCAGCUGGCCAGCCGUGUCCCUGUCCCCUUCGGACUGUCAGGCUGGACUUCCAGAGACGCUGUUAGUCUGAUCCGUGUUUGAAUUGAGCUGCUGUACCUCUAACCUUCUACCUGCCACCUCAGUCUGUUAAACCUCCAUUACAAUAUUCACAAUAAAUAAAUCAGUAAUAUCAGUUGAUGCGGAGUUGAUGGAAAUGUAUGAUAAUUGAAUAUGUGGCCAGCCCCCCUCUCGGAAAUGUUCCAGGUUUUCAUUCUCUUUCACUGGUGUGAGAUAAAGUAAACUGUACACUUCAGCUAGUCAAUUUUCCAUUGCUACGUUAUGUCCCUAGCAUUAAUAUAUUAUGUAAUGUCUGUUGGUAGGUAGCAUAGAAUUGCAAAGAUCUAGUUUCAAAGCCUGAUUCAGUGGGAUAGACUCAGAGCAGUUUAGCAAGCCAAGUGUCACACACACACACAUACGCACACAUAAAUACAGGCAUGAAAAAUGAUAUGAAGACCUAUCCAACCUCUAACUUUCAGGAGUAUGUAGAGAGGCUUGUUCAAUCUGUCAGAGGUGGAUGCAGAACAUUAACCCAAUGUCAAAGGAUCUUCUCAUCUCUCCUCUCACUCUCCCCUCCUUCUCAGACACAGAUCCAAUCAUGUCUAAAGGAAAGGAUAUGGGUUCUGCCUUCAUCCAGACGCAGCAGCUGCACGCUGCCAUGGCUGACACCUUCCUGGAGCACAUGUGUCUUCUGGACAUCGACUCUGAGCCUGCUGUGGCUCGCAACACCGGAAUCAUCUGCACCAUCGGUACAGCUCAACAACACCAUUACUCAACAACACCCCUCCUCAUUACUCAACAACACCAUUACUCAACAACACCCCUCCUCAUUACUCAAACAACACCAUUACUCAACAACACCCCUCCUCAUUACUCAACAACACCCCUCCUCAUUACUCAACAACACCAUUACUCAACAACACCCCUCCUCAUUACUCAACUGCCCUCACCCCUCACUCCCUUCACUGUCUCAACCCUCCCUCACCUCACAGCCCAACCCUACCCUCACCCCUCAACUCCCUUCACUGUUCACCCUCCACUCACCUCACAGCCCAACCCUAACAUCACAAGCCCAACCCUACAUCACAGCCCCCAACCCCUCCCUCACCUCACAGCCCAACCCUACCUCACCCCUCACUCCCUUCACUGUUCACCCUCCCUCACCUCACAGCCCAACCCUACCUCACCCCUCACUCCCUUCACUGUUCACCCUCCCUCACCUCACAGCCCAACCCUACCUCACCCCUCACUCCCUUCACUGUUCACCCUCCCUCACCUCACAGCCCAACCCUACCUCACCCCCUCCCUCACGCACCCUCCCUCACAGCCCAACCCUACCUCACAGCCCAACCCUCCCUCACAGCCCAACCCUCCCUCACCCCUCAUAGCCUCUCACUCCUUCACCAACUGAACACCCUCACUACACUACUCAACACCAUAUAUAUUUAUAUAUAUAUAUAUAUAUACAGGUAUUUUGUGUGAGGUGUGCAUACAGUAGGCCUAUAUCCCUCCAAAACGUUCACAGUAGGCCUAUAUCCCUCUAUAAGCUUUGCUUGUCAUCUUGUCCACAUGCAGGACCCGCCUCCCGAUCAGUGAAUAUGGCCAAGGAGAUGAUCAAAUCUGGGAUGAACAUUGCAAGAAUGAACUUCUCUCACGGAACUCAUGAGGUCAGUAGUUCACGUUAGACUACACCAGUAAUGACCGCCAAGGCAAAGGACCCCAGUAAUGAAGCCAAGGCAAAGGACCCCUAGCCCUUACUCCCUCAUGUUGAUCUGAAAGGAUAGGUGAAAGCAAUAUGGUGACAUUUCCACCCCCCCCCCCAUGUGGCAACAUUCACCCAGCCGAACAUAAAGCCCAGUUUGGAUGUAGGUCUAGUAUAACCUUCAGUGAGUCUGCAGCCCACCCACCCUCAUUGUGACAUUAUCACUGUACCAUUUAAAUGUCAGUCUGUAAGCUGAUCUGAACACUCUUUCUUGCACUUUAGUGACCUCUCCUCCUCCUCCUCCUCCUCCUCCUCCUCCUCCUCCAGUCAGCCAGCCUCUCUUGUCUUUAGCUGACAUGUAGUGCUGCCAGAUUGAUGGUAGCCAGGGUUUUGGGGUUUACAGUACUGACCUCUCCCCUUUAAAAGUCAUGACUUUUGACCUGUUUCACCCUGGCUGGGCGGAGCGCACCCCACAAAGCGUACAGCAGUAUUAGGUAUCGAGCGAUACGUUUGAUAUUUGAAUCAUUGCCCUUCAAAGGUCAAUAGCACUGUUAAUUGCUUGUCCCAAGAAGACGUUAUAUUCUGAAGUUCAGUACUGUAGCUAUCUUUAAGCACUAGAUUACGUUACAUGUACAUGUGUAUCAAAGUUAUGUUAGGUCAAGGGUUUCCCAGUCCAUUCCGCGAUUACUUCCAUGACACGCAAUUCCAUCUAACAAGUACUCAGCGGCUUGAUGAUUAACUGACUUGUUGAAAUCGGGCGUGCUAGUUCUAGGGCUAGAGGUAAAACGUGAAGGGUUAGCAAGGGUUAGCAUCUGACGCCGUAGGAGCGAAGGGUUAGCAUCUGACGCCGUAGGAGCGAAGGGUUAGCAUCUGACGCCGUAGGAGCGAAGGGUUAGCAUCUGACGCCGUAGGAGCGAAGGGUUAGCAUCUGACGCCGUAGGAGCGAAGGGUUAGCAUCUGACGCCGUAGGAGCGAAGGGUUAGCAUCUGACGCCGUAGGAGCGAAGGGUUAGCAUCUGACGCCGUAGGAGCGAAGGGUUAGCAUCUGACGCCGUAGGAGCGAAGGGUUAGCAAGGGUUAGCAUCUGACGCCGUAAGAGCGAAGGGUUAGCAUCUGACUCCGUAGGAGCCUACAGCCAUGGCACAGGGCAAGUGACUGUUUGGGAAUGCCAGUGUUGCAUGAUGAUAAAAAAAGAUAGACAGAGCACCCCCAAUGGCAGGAACUUCUGACAGACAUCUUCAGACAUCUGAACUUACGUUUGUUUACAUGGCAUCUUGUCGUGUGUUGGGGUCAGAGACAUAUAUCGGAAGGGCAAAGGAAACUUGACCUCUGCCACUGGCCAGGUGGUCGGAACAGAUGUAAAUAGCCGUGUCUCAGGUUCUCGCAGAACGUGUUUAGAGGGAUCAGGAGCUAACGCUAAGCUACUUGGCUAUACUAAAAGAGCUAAUACUUUGCUAUGCUAAAAUAUCCCAAAGAUAAAACAUUAAACAAAUUAAAUUGCAGCUGGCUAAUUGUCUUAUGUCUGUCUACCAUAGAGCACUGUUAAGUGAGUGUCAUUGAGUCUCUGGGUCUGUCUCUCUCCUAUAGGCAGAAACUGUUUAGGGACCAGGAGCUAGCUAACACUACUUAGUUAUAUUCUAUGUGGCUAUGCUACAUGGGUAUAUGCUACAUGGGUAUAUGCUACAUGGGUAUAUGCUACAUGGGCAUAUGCUACAUGGUUACAUGCUACAUGGCUAUUCUACUUGGCUAACACUACUUGGUUAUAUGCUACUUGGUUAUAUGCUACAUGGUUAUAUGCUACAUGGUUACAUGCUACAUGGCUAUUCUACUUGGCUAACACUACUUGGUUAUAUGCUACAUGGUUACAUGCUACAUGGCUAUUCUACUUGGCUAACACUACUUGGUUAUAUGCUACAUGGUUAUAUGCUACAUGGUUAUAUGCUACAUGGUUACAUGCUACAUGGCUUUUCUACUUGGCUAACACUACUUGGUUAUAUGCUACAUGGUUAUAUGCUACAUGACUAUUCUACUUGGCUAACACUACAUGGUUAUAUGCUACAUGGUUAUAUGCUACAUGGUUAUAUGCUACAUGGCUAUUCUACAUGGUUUUAUUCUACGUGGCUAUGCUACUUGGCCAUUCUACUUUGUUAAAUCUACUUGGCAAUGCUAUUUGGAUAUAUGCUACGUUGCUAUGCCAUGUGGCUAUGCUUAGACCAAAACGUAACAUACACUCAUUAAAUUGCACUUUGCCUAUCUCCUACUUAGUACUGUUGAGUGAGUGUCAUUGGGCUUUCAACACUGAUAUACCAGGAGGAAGUGAGCAUUUAAUGGAUGUAUAUCCUAUUUAUAGCUAAUUUAGCAAUGGAUACUAGCGCAAUGAGUGGGUGUUUGCCUUGUCGAGCAUGCAGUUCAUAUAAACUCAGCAAAAAAAGAAACAGCCCUUUUUCAGGAAUCUGUCUUUCAAAGAUAAUUCGUAAAAAUCCAAAUAACUUCACAGAUCUUAAUUGUAAAGGGUUUAAACACUGUUUCCCAUGCUUGUUCAAUGAAACAUAAACAAUUAAUGAACAUGCACCUGUGGAACGGUCAUUAAGACACUAACAGCUUACAGACGGUAGGCAAUUAAGGUCACAGUUAUGAAAACUUAGGAUACUAAAGAGGCCUUUCUACUGACUCUGAAAAACACCAAAAGAAAGAUGCCCAGGGUCCCUGCUCAUCUGCGUGAACGUGCCUUAGGCAUGCUGCAAGGAGGCAUGAGGACUGCAGAUGUGGCCAGGGCAAUAAAUUGCAAUGCCCAUACUGUGAGACGCCUAAGACAGCGCUACAGGGAGACAGGACGGACAGCUGAUCGUCCUCGCAGUGGCAGACCACGUGUAACAACACCUGCACAGGAUCGGUACAUCCGAACAUCACACCUGCGGGUCAGGUACAGGAUGGCACUGUACCGCAAUAGGCUGAGAGAGGCCAGACAUCACCGGCAACAACGUCGUCUAUGGGCACAAACCCACCAUCGCUGGACCAGAUAGGACUGGCAAAAAGUGCUCUUCACUGACGAAUCGCAGUUUUGUCUCACCAGGGGUGAUGGUCGGAUUUGCAUUUAUAUUCAAAGGAAUGAGCGUUACACCGAGGCCUGUACUCUGGAGCGGGAUCGAUUUGGAGGUGGAGGGUCCGUCAUGGUCUGGGGCAGUAUGUCACAGCAUCAUCGGACUGAGCUUGUUGUCAUUGCAGGCAAUCUCAACGCUGUGCGUUACAGGGAAGACAUCCUCCUCCCUCAUGUGGUACCCUUCCUGCAGGCUCAUCCUGACAUGACCCUCCAGCAUGACAAUUCCACCAGCCAUACUGCUCGUUCUGUGCGUGAUUUCCUGUAAGACAGGAAUGUCAGUGUUCUGCCAUGGCCAGCGAAGAACCCGGAUCUCAAUCCCAUUGAGCACGUCUGGGACCUGUUGGCUCAGAGGGUGAGGGCUAGGGCCAUUCCCCCAAGAAAUGUCUGGGAACUUGCAGGUGCCUUGGUGGAAGAGUGGAGUAACAUCUCACAGCAAGAACGGGCAAAUCUGGUGCAGUCCAUGAGGAGGAGAUGCACUGCAGUACUUAAUGCAGCUGAUGGCCACACCAGAUACUGACUGUUACUUUUGAUUUUGACCCCCCCUUUGUUCAGGGACACAUUAUUCCAUUUCUGUUAGUCACAUGUCUGUGGAACUUGUUCAGUUUAUGUCUCAGUUGUUGUUAUGGUCAUACUUUUCCUUUUUUUGCUGAGUUUAUACAUAUAUAUACAGUAUAUAGCCCAUACAUUUAACACCUCAUAUGGCUUUCUGCUGGAACCAUGUGUUGCAGGCGCCAAGAUCCUGAAAGUUUUAUUACAUUCAGUUAUGUCACUAGGAUAGCCUUAACUAUAUGUGUACAGUUAUGGUGUGAUGUUAGUCUCCUGGGUGUGAUCAAGACUAUCACCUUGGUCAGCUCUGUCCUUAAUAUAGACAUAACACUUUGACAUAGUUGAUACUCAACCUGAAUCUAAUUAUCUGCAAUAAUAACAUCCACUGUACUGAGUAAAACAAAACAAAAAUAUUAUUUUUUCAUUUACCAGUUGCCAAUGAAUGAAAGUUGCCACGAGCAGUGAAUUGACAGCCUGAGAAUCGUCACGUCUCUAAAUGAUUCGACGUCCCCUACAGUAAAUCAAAUCAAACUUGAUUUAAAGUGUAUUUUAAAAUCUCAACGCACUACCUAUCUGAGCACUACCAUUGGUCCAGCUGGUUGGCAAAUCAUCUGAAUGUUGCAUUUGGCGUUCCUCAAGGUUCUACGCUCAGACCCCUAUCAUUUGUUUUGUAUAGUGUAUGCAGUGCAGUGGCAUGCUAAAACCUCUUAUGUCUAUGUGAUAUGACACCCCCUUCCAGACUCUCAUGGGUGUGGUGUUCAGGGGGAUGGGAAUUAAAAAACAGACUGCAAAAAAAAACAUUUGUUUCGAUGGAAAAUGAUGUGUUCUAUUCUAUUCAGUACCAUGCUGAGACCAUCAAGAACGUCCGUGAGGCCACCGAGAGCUUUGGAUCUGGAACCAUCGAGUACAGACCAGUGGCCAUCGCUCUGGACACCAAGGGACCCGAAAUCAGGACCGGACUCAUCAAGGGCGUGAGUAGUCAUUCACCGUGAAGUACUGUAAAUCUUUAUGAAAAGCCAAACGUCAAGUCCAACUUCAUCACAAUACAUUUUACAGACAAAUCAAAACAGAGACAAGCAGGUACAUUUCUUGACUGUAGUACCAUACCGGCUAUCAUGUAGGCCUACCGCUUGAUUUGGUCAAGAGGAAGGCAUUGGCCAAGCUAGCAGCAUUGUAACGGAAAUAAAUACAACCACAAGCAAUGAUAUCAUAAAGCAUAAAGUACUGUGGUACUGUAAAACACUAUUGGCAUCAGAAUAUAUGGAUGAUCAUGAGCCCUGUCCUUCCCCAUAGAGAUAGACAGUACACAAUACUAUAGUAAUAGUUGUGUAAUUAUAUGAUUCUUCCCCUGUACAGAGCGGCGAAGCUGAGGUUGAGCUGAAGAAGGGAGGACACAUCAAGCUGACCCUGGACGACAAGUACAAGGAUAACUGCGAUGAGAAGCACCUGUGGCUGGACUACAAGAACAUCACCAAGAUCCUGAAGGUCGGAGCUCACGUCUACAUUGACGAUGGCCUCAUGUCCCUGAAGGUGAAGGAAGUCGGUGAGUAUCCUAGCAACAUCCUACUGUAGCAAGCAGCGUUAACACUGUCAAUGUUACAGGAAGUAGCUACACACCAAAGUAAAGUGCGUUUCCUUCUGCUUUGCCUGUUGAAACGUGUCACUGUACCGUUGUUCUGGCCGUGGCAUUGUGACUGACACACAUUACGGUCCCCAGGCGCUGACUUCCUGGACUGUGAGAUUGAGAACGGUGGUACUCUGGGCUCCAAGAAGGGUGUGAACCUGCCCGGUGCUGCUGUGGACCUGCCCGCCGUCUCCGAGAAGGACAUCCAGGAUCUGCAGUUCGGUGUGGAGCAGGGAGUGGACAUGGUCUUCGCCUCCUUCAUCCGUAAGGCAGCCGACGUGCACGCUGUCAGGAAGGUGCUGGGAGAGAAGGGCAAGAACAUCAAGAUCAUCUCCAAGCUGGAGAACCACGAGGGCGUCCGCAGGUGUGUGUGUGAGAGUGUGAGAGUGUGAGUGUGUGAGAUACAGAGAAAGCAAUUUGAGAGAGGCCUCGCUGACUACACGAUAGCAUUUGUAUUCUCAGUACCUUCAAAAGUAAGAAAUCUCCACUUGAAAAAUCCUACUGUCUUGAGCAUCAGUUUAGUCGCUUGGAAAUAUAGAUACCCAAUGCUGGAUAAUAUUGACUUUAUAUAACUAUCUGUCUGUCUAUGUGUAGAUUCGAUGAGAUCCUGGAGGCUAGCGAUGGCAUCAUGGUUGCCCGUGGUGACCUGGGUAUUGAGAUCCCCACAGAGAAGGUGUUCAUCGCCCAGAAGAUGAUGACCGGACGCUGCAACAGGAUCGGCAAGCCCAUCACCUGCGCCACACAGGUCCGACAUGUUGCCCGCAGAUUAGACCCCCUUAUACAUGACUAGACCCCCUUAUACGUGACUAGACCCCCUUAUACGUGACUAGACCCCCUUAUACGUGACUAGACCCCCUUAUACGUGACUAGACCCCCUUAUACAUGACUAGACCCCCUUAUACAUGACUAGACCCCCUUAUACGUGACUAGACCCCCUUAUACAUGACUAGACCCCCUUAUACAUGACUAGACCCCCUCAUACAUGACUAGACCCCCUCAUACAUGACUAGACCCCCUCAUACAUGCUUCAUUUCCAUCCCUGUCUGCAAAGCACACCCAAAGCAGGGUCUUAUAACCUGGUAAGACUCAAAUACACUGAAUUCAAUGGCAGGUAAUACCAGGGUUCCUAGUCCAGAGUAUUUGAGGUUUAAGAGGAGCCGUCAAGCCUUUGAGGAAACCUUUGAGGAAAGGGCAGAAGAUAAUGCUCAAUAGGCCACUCUCUAUAAAUGAAUCAAUGUAAAUGAUAUAUCCUGUCGUUGAUUGGGUUUUAAGUGAUAUGUCUUGUCGUUGAUUGGUGCCUAAUGAUCUCUCCUCUCUCCUGGUUGGUCCAGAUGCUGGAGAGCAUGAUCAAGAAGCCCCGCCCCACCCGCGCUGAGGGUUCCGACGUCGCCAACGCCGUUCUGGACGGUAACGACUGCAUCAUGCUGAGUGGUGAGACCGCCAAGGGAGACUACCCGCUGGAGGCUGUCCGCACACAGCACAAGGUGAGAGACUGAGAGCAGAGCGCCCCCUAUAGGUCUUGCCUUGGCCCCUCGCACAAGCACAACAUCCACAAUGUUCACUAUAGCGGUCCCUAGAGUCACUUUAUUCAAAGUUCAUGAGUGGUCAAUGUGACCAGUCUAGCUACAGAGAGUCAUAUCUGAAUGUCUCAUAAGCCAGGUUUCCAUCCAAUUGGCGACAGAUUUUCAAUGCGAAUAUUCUAAGAUCUUGUUGCAGAUGACAGGCUGCAGGACCUAGUGUACAUAAAAACACAUCAAGAAGAUCAUCAAGAUCAUCCCCUUGCUCGUUCACCACCCUGUGAAGUUCAUCACCAUUUAUUUCAUCUGUAGCCUAAUAAACUGCACGGUUUCCUGACGAAUUCGUAGUGGGAGGACCACACGUCGUCACGUGACUCCCAAGUUUACUUCGAUAGGAUGGUUAUUAUAUCAAUAUUUGUGCGUAAUUCAUUUUACAGACACAAAAAAGAUCCCACUUUUUGUUUUUGUAGACUUUUAGAAAGUUCACCGAAAAAUGUUCUGUUUCCAUCAGGCCUGUCAUGUGCUUUACUCUGGAAACCUGGUUAUAGACGCAAUCAUCCCAGCAAGCAGCAACAUAGGGUCAACGUUGAGACAACAUUGUGGUGUUGGUUGUGUGUUUUCUGGGAUGCCUCAGGGGAAUUAACAUGAAGUAGCUGUAAUAUAAUAUAACAGCAAUAUAUAACUUUGUGUGUUUUUGGUUUGUGAUCUACGUACUAACGGCUGACCAUGUUACUGGCUUUAUGUGCUCCUACCUCUCCUCCCCCCCAUCUCUCUGUUCUCUCUCCUCCCCCCCAUCCCUCUGUUCUAUCACUGCAUCUGUUUUUUGCAUAAUUUUGCAUUGGAUGGGGUCAUCAGAUUGCACAAUCAGCAUGUGUCUGAGGACCUGCACCACAACACCCCAGGUAUGCAGACCACAGUGAUUCUAUAUUUACUAGAGGACUAGAGGAGAGUACCUCUCUUAUGUCCCCCUUGCCCCUUCAGAGAAACUAGUAUGUGUCUCGUUUAGCUUUUGACUGUUGCUGUAUGAAUCUGUAUGAUUGUUGCUGUAUGACUGUUGCUGUAUGAAUCUGUAUGACUGUUGCUGUAUGAGUCUGUAUGACUGUCGCUGUAUGACUGUUGCUGUAUGAAUCUAUAUGACUGUUGCUGUAUGACUGUUGCUGUAUGAAUCUGUAUGACUGUUGCUGUAUGACUGUUGUUGUAUGAAUCUAUAUGACUGUUGUUGUAUGACUGUUGCUGUAUGAAUCUGUCAAGAUUGAAGUUGUUCAUUCUCAGGACUUUACAUUAGUGGUGUACCAAACCCCUAGCUUAGGAAAAAGGCAGAUCCAUGAACAGUGUGUCAAUCUGGUCUAAAUCUGUACCGAUGCAUGCUUUCUGUUCAUUACUGUAGUUGAAUGGCAGGAAUCUGACACCUGUCCUCCCUCUCCCUCUCUCUCUUGCCCCCCUCCCCCCUCCAGAUUGCUCGUGAGGCCGAGGCCGCCAUGUACCACAGGCAGAUGUUCGAGGAAAUCCGUCGUACCUCCCACCUGACCCGUGACCCCACCGAGUCCGUUGCCAUCGGCGCCGUCGAGGCAUCCUUCAAGUGCUGCGCCAGCGCCAUCAUCGUGCUCACCAAGUCUGGCAGGUACGAACCAAUCAGAGAGCCACACAGCAAAACCCUCUGUACUUCUCAAACCUACUCCUGAGGGGGAAGGACAGACAUGUACAUGACGUUAUGGACACCUUCUCUAUGCCCAGUCAAAUACCCUGUUCACACUACUGAGCUGAACCAAGCCGAGCCGAGCUGAGCUGUGCUGUGCUAGUCUGGUUACGCUUUGGAGAUUUUUGUUGAUUUCUUUUAUCUGAGAACGCAAGAGAGGGAACAUGUUCCGUUCUGUACUCAUUUUCAGUUCCUAUUCACAAGAACCACAAGCUAUUGCAACACAGUCCUUCUCUGCCACUGUGCACAGUGUCGUCGUUAGUGUGUCACCAUAACUCUCCCAUCAUCCUUCCCUCUCGCCCCAGCCCUGUAGCAGAGACCCAGAACUCUCCCUCUCGCCCCAUCCCUGUAUCAGAGACCCAGAACUCUCCCUAAAACCCCAGCCCUGUAUCAGAGACCCAGAACUCUCCCUCUCGCCCCAUCCCUGUAUCAGAGACCCAGAACUCUCCCUCUCGCCCCAGCCCUGUAUCAGAGACCCAGAACUCUCCCUAAAACCCCAGCCCUGUAGCAGAGACCCAGAACUCUCCCAUCAUCUUUCCCUCUCACCCCAGCCCAAUUCAUAGAUGCUAACCACCUUUAGCGCCUAUUUUGAUGAAAGUGUUUUCUUCCUUGGGGACUUUUGUUAAGAGCCCCUACGCUCGCUCUAAACGUGAACACGCAUCGUUUGUGGUAUUGGUUUUGGCAACAUAAGGAACGUAUCUUUCAUAUCAGCAAGAAAGCAAAAGGUUAAAUUACUACAGACCUUUAUAGGGUUACAGACGGAAGAGAAAGGUGACCACCUGUGCUAAUUAGCUAUCUAGCAUGCUCCGAACACCCGUGUGUAACGGAAGAAGGUCGCCAGAAGUGUGUUGUCACUGAAAAAUACUGUUGGCUGCAACUGUGGUAAAGCCGGUUAAAACUGUGUACAGUAAGUGUAUAUUUAGCAUUUGUGAAAUUAUUUUGAUGUGAUAUGAAAGUAAAGGGGUUUUAUGUUUUGGCUUCCACAGCCAGUCUACCUCUGAAAAUAACAUAAGGUCCCUGAACCUUAAGGAGUAACGGUAGGCUCGCCUGCAUUCCUUAAGAGUACAUUCUUAGGUUAGUGUGUCACCAGAACUCUCCCAUCCCUCCCUCUGACCUCAGCCCUAAAGCAGAGACCCAUGACUUGUAUUAGGGGAGCCAACUUUCCCAGCAGCACACGAUCUGGGAUCCUCUAGUUCCCAACCUUUACAGUCCUGAACCCUGACAUUUAGGAAGUUAAAUAUAACUCUCCACUACUCUCCUCUCCUGUCACUCACUCCUCUCCACUCCUCUCUACUCCAAUCCACUCCUCUCCACUGCUCUCCUGUCCCCCACUCCCCUCCUCCAGCUCUCCCACUCCCCUCCUCCAGCUCUCCCACUCCCCUCCUCCAGCUCUCUCCCACUCCCCUCCUCCAGCUCUCCCACUCCCCUCUUCCAGCUCUCCCACUCCCCUCCUCCAGCUCUCCCACUCCCCUCCUCCAGCUCUCCCACUCCCCUCCUCCAGCUCUCCCACUCCCCUCCUCCAGCUCUCCCACUCCCCUCCUCCAGCUCUCCCUCUCCCACUCCACUCCUCUCCCACUCCUCCCCUCUCCUGUCCCUCACUCCUUUCCUCUCCUGUCCCUCACUGCUCUCCCACUCCUCUCCACUCCACUCCCUUUCCACUUCGCUCCACUCCACCUCCACUUCACUCCACUCCUCUCUCUACUACUCUCCACUCUACUCCCUCUCCACUCCACUCCCUUUCAACUCCUCUCCUUCUCCUCUCCUCUCCCACUCCACUCUUCUCCUCUCUAGUCCUUUCCUACUCCACUCCUUUCCCUCGCCUCUCCCUCUCCUCCCCUCUCCCUCUCCCACUCCACUCCACUCCUCUCCCUCACUCCUUUCCUACUCCAUUCAAAGUUCAGAUUCACCCCGCGCCACUAUACAUUAUUGACCAGAGGAGGCUGGUGGUAGGAUCUAUAGGAGGAUGGGCUCAUGGUAAUGGCUGGAAUGGAAUACAUGGAACAUGGUUUCCAUAUGUUUGAUGUGUGUUCCAUUUAUUCCAGUCCAGCCAUAACAAUGAACCUGUCCUCCUAUAGCUGUUCCCAUCAGCCUCCUCUGGUAUGGACUGUCCAGUAGUCAGCUGUGUACUAAAUGUGACAACAUUUUGAUAGAAUUCUGUCGACCUACAGUACUGCUUUCAGGAGUUUGGAUCUAGGAUUAAUACAGUGUUACAUUAGAUACAGUAUAAUUAUUAUAAUCAUUAUUAUAAUAUAAUAAGAGUGUCUUCCCCUUUAUAGAAGUAUUUUAAUGUGCUACAUAAUAAUUACGGUUUUAAGUUUCACAUAGCGAUAUACGUUUUUAUUCCACACCGUAACCUGCUGUUCCUUCCUGUGUCUGGUUCUAGGUCCGCCCACCUGCUGUCCAGGUACAGGCCCCGUGCCCCCAUCAUCGCUGUGACCCGCUGCGGUCAGACUGCCCGCCAGGCUCAUCUGUACCGCGGUAUCUACCCCGUGCUGUACACCAAGCCUGCCAACGAUGUCUGGGCCGAGGAUGUCGACCUCCGCGUCAACUUCGCCUUAGAGAUCGGUGAGUAAUGACAUCACAUUUCAGUUCUAAUGUUUAAAUAGUAAUACUGAACAUUAUUUGUAGAGCACGUUUCGUACAGAAAGACCACAACUCAAAUUGCGGUGUAUAUGAUAAGAUUUUAGAGUUCCCUAAAAAGUACAUUACCGUAUGAUUUAGCAAAUAUCACUCAUGCAUUUUCUAUGGUUGAAGACAUCCUUAUAGCACUGGAGCCCCACCAAAGACCAGCCAUUAACACCCCUCUCUCCCCUCUCCCCUCCAGGCAAGCACCGUCAGUUCUUCAAGUCUGGAGAUGUUAUCAUUGUUGUGACCGGAUGGCGUCCAGGCUCUGGGUACACCAACACCAUGCGCGUUGUGCUUGUUCCUUGAACUAACUCAAAAGGUCAUUACUCCUCCCCCUUACCCUUCUCCU